AGGUCACUCGCCGGUCAGUGCUGUACUUUCAACCCGAUUAUCAUGGUACUCUUAACGGAAUUUACCUCGUAAAGGACUCCAAAUCGUUGAAAAUGCAGCCUAAAGACCGCCAAAAACGCACCCCAGGUCAUGCCUCGUCGUCGUUAAGACUUGCCAAAAAGUUUGCAACGCCGGAUUCACAACAGAUUGAACGGGCGGAAAUCGAAAGCUUAGUUGAAACAUCGGCCAAUAAUCUUCUCGCACCUCCAAGCAUUCGAGAAUCGACAAGCCUUAGAAAACAGAUGCGAAGAGAAGCCCUCUUAGAACGACUCCCUUUAACGCAAUCCCCAUAUUCCAAGUCCCAUUUGCGUCGCGUGAAGCGCAAAGCUCGUGAACAACUUGCCAACGGCCUAAGCGAUUUGCAGACCGCUCUGGACUCGCUGGAUAGCAGCGAGGUGAAAGUUCCAACGCCACCAGGUCACCCUAAACCUAGUAUUCAAAGCACAUCUGAACCGACCUUGAAGACCAUAUCUGGUCAGAUAGGUGAAGGCAAAGGUGCGACUCUCUCUGGUCAGCAGCGGAAACGGGUCUUCCAGACUGAGCGGAUGCGUCAUCCAUUAAUACUAUCCAAUUCCCAUUUCUCCUCCAAUCCUUUCCAAACGAUACGAACUCAUGCGGAAAAUACACUCGUCAAACACUCCCCACCAGAAUCUUGAAGUCAGACGUUACUGUACCCGGAAUCAAAAGGCGAUAUUUUAGAGAGAACAUUAGUAGUGGCUCGGCGUUGUCCUUUGGUUGAUCAGGUGCCUGUAGCGUGCUGUGUAUCUAUCUAUCUAUCUUGGGAAGAUGAAUUCUUCACAGUCCGCCUCGC